CGGCGAAGCGCUACUGAGCAGACUCAAUCUAGAUAGCCAUGGCGGCGACAGGAGGAGGGAAAAUCAGAUCAAGAAGAUAUCACAUCGCUUCAAAACCAUACGCCAAAGGCAAACAGCAGCCAGGCCUGAUCAGUCGAGUGACAGAUACAGUGAAGAGCAUAGUCCCCUCCUGGCUGCACAAAUACUUCAAAAAUGGAGAUGUUGCAGAGGGUGAAGGAGCUGCAGUCAGGGUGGAGCGGAACAAUGUUGCUCCUCCCCCCAAUGGCAAUGAUGAUGCCGCCCCACACCCAGAUGGACGAGACUCUCCAGAGCCGAGCACAAGUAACACAGAACCAUCUACAAGCAGAGCAUCAUUGAACUUUCAGGAUGCUCUGUCAAGACCCCCACUCAAUCGCACACACCUGCAUUUCUCCUCUCUGGACGGCUCCCCUGCACUAGGGGACUCAAGUUUCCUCUUCUCACAGCCCUCCACAUCUACAGCACCCUUUUCGGGAAGCCCUUUCGCUGUAACCUCCAACUUUUCCCUGGUGAAGGAGAUUAAAGAUUCAAGCUCUCAGCAUGAGGAUGACAACAUCUCCACCACCAGUGGCUUUUCGUCACGUGCAUCUGAUAAAGAUGUGCCCACAUCAAAGACGGUGCCACUCCUCUGGUCUCCAGAGACGGAACGCAUCCACUCUGGAUCACAACCAUCUCAGUCUGGCAUUAAGAAACCAGCCUUCAACCUGUCAGUCUUCGGCACUUCCACAUCAUCAGUGUUGAACAGUUCAGUGCUGAACUCCAGUCAGUUGGGGGAUUCACCCUUCUACCCAGGGAAGACCACAUAUGGAGGAGCAUCUGCGAUCAGAACAGCGCGUACACGACCUGCUACCCCUUACCAGCCUCCAGUUAGAAGACAGAUAAAAGCAAAGCCAGCUGGAGCUCAACCUUGUGGAGUAACCAGCGCGACAGCUAGACGCAUUCUUCAGUCCCUGGAACGCAUGUCCAGCCCUCUUGCUGAUGCAAAAAGAAUUCCGUCUUCAGUUUCUUCACCUUUGUCAACAUCAUUGAAUCACACAGACCUUGACAUUUCAAAUUUCCAGUCGAAGAGGAAAAGGCUGGAGUCGUCUGUCCCUCCUGUGCAGAAGCUGGUGGUCCCAGCAGCUGCUGCAGUGUCUGGUAACCGCUCAAUAUCCUUCAGACCAUCACUCACCCCAGGUGGAGUAAACAGAGUUGUCGAAAAAAUCAACAGAGGGACUCCUGUACGACAAUCACCUCUGGUUUCAGAGCAGGCCUCCCCUCCAAGCACAAGCAGUUUGUUCUUUCCCUUGUCCAGCACCCCAGCGGCCAGCAGCUCUGGUUCAGGAGGGGGCAAAAUGAAGAGGGAAAGGACCGCAAGACCUUCCACCAAACGACCCGACGAUGAGGUUGCUGAGGAACCAGUUUUACCACCCGCCUCUCUCCCCAGCAAUUUCACAUUGCCCACCUUUAAUUUCUCCUCUCCUCCCCCCAACACGCUGACCUCCACCACAACACCACUUAAAACUGUCUCUGAAGUACCUGCAGCAAACAAGGAGCCAGCUGCACCAUCCACACCCCCAUCUGUCCCCUUCACAUUUUCUUCACCUAUUGUCAAGGCAACAGCUGCCAGCCCUCCAUCUUUUUCUCCAUCAUCUGGAUUCACCUUCAGUGCGCCUACCAUGAAAACCAUUCCUUCUUUCUCCAACGGGAAAAUCACCCCAACAGUAGCACCAGUCAAAUCAGCUGCCAGUCAAGAAAAGGAAUUUGAAGGACCCUUCAAACCUGCAGAAGUCUUAAAACAGGGGAGUGUAUUGGAUAUACUUAAGGGACCUGGAUUUUCGUCCCCUGCUCAGAGCUCAGCUGACAAACCCUUACAGACUGCAUCAUUGAUGCAGAGUACAACAUCUGCUCCUCUUUCUGGUUUUGGUGACAAGUUUAGACCUCCUGCAGGUUCAUGGAGCUGUGGCACUUGCCUGUUGCAAAAUAAGUCCUCAGACAAAAAAUGUGUGGCUUGUCUCGCACCACAACCCAUUACAGACUCUGCCUCUAAAUUGGACAGUAAACCUGCAGAGACCUCUGCAAGCAUCAGUUCCCUCUUUGCCCCUCCAGCUGGUAGCUGGGAAUGUGACACAUGUCUGGUCAGGAACAAAACAGAAGUGGUUAAAUGCGUAGCUUGUGACACAGCCAAACCUGGGAUUGGAGUGAAAUCCAGUCUGACUUUACCGACUCUCUCUGAGACCUCCUCCACCCUCUCUGCUGCCCCCAUAACCACCACAAGCACCACUUCUUCUACAGCAACUGGACUGUUAGGAUUUGGGGACAAAUUUAAGAAGCCAGAGGGGGCUUGGGACUGUGAUGUGUGCUGUGUUCAAAACAAGGCACAGGAUGUGAAAUGUGUGUCCUGUCAGACCCCUAAACCAGGAGCUGUAGCUACAGCUUCAGUGGUCCUGACUCCUGCCUCUGCACCUGCAAGCACUGCUGCACCUUUGAUAGGAUUCAGAGA